ACUAAUUCUAUCAUUUGGUAAAGUACAUGCGUUGCUUGCGUAGAAUUACUUUAAAUACAACAAAUAACACAUCGUAUCGUAUUACCAUGAAUAAUAUGGGAAACACUAAAACACUUAAUAGUGACAGGUUAACUACAAGGUAACUGUUAUGUUAAUGUAUAAGGACGCAUCCGUUUUAUUAUUUGCUACAUGCAGGAAGACACGUGUUGAGUAAUCGUUCAAAGCGCUGCAAUAAACUGCAAUACAUUUGCCUAAUUAACUAUUUCUAUUAUCUAAACAUAUGUAUCCAAAAUGAAUCAAAGUAAAAUCAGUGCUAAAGGCCUCCUCACACAUAGGCGAAAGUCUCCCGACGUAAACUUGCGUGUACUGGCGAAUAAGACUUCAGCAAAAUUCGUUCUCAUUAGUUUAUCAUUGCAUAUCGUUGGUGGUGUUCGUAUGGAUGCGUUUGUGAGCUUUUGCGUCCGUUGCGAUUAGUUCUGUUCAUCGGAAAAUUGUAAACAUGUUCGUCUAUCGUUCGUUAAUAUUCGUUUCAAUACGUUAGCCGUUCGGAAAGUCUUCGCAUAGCGUUCGUCAACUGGCGUUAGAGGUCGCAGCUCUCAGCUAAUUUGCAUAUCAUGAUUACUUGAUUCGCAUAUCAAGCGAAAGAGAACGAUCCGAAAACUAAUCUUUGCGAUAGCUUGCGAACUUUUGUGAACUAUAGCGAGGAUUUGCGUAUUGUAGCGAAUUGAAUCCGACGCAUUUAAGCGAUUUAUAACGAUAAGUUAACGUUCAGAAAACGAACGGUAUACGCUCGUAUACGAAUCAAUCCGAAGGGUAACUACGAUAGGCGAAUCUAUGCGAACCUAUCCGAAUAAUAGCGCUUCUGAUUGUUUUAGUAGUUUGUGGAGACAUAUGCCUAUAUUUCAUAUAUAUAAUGUUGAAGGUAUCAUUAUUUCUUCGUCAAAUGGAAGAUAUACAACGCCUGAACUUCAGUAUGUUGCUGCUAUGGCCAAUCAAGAAGUAGUCCAGCAACAACUAAACAUACACCGGUUUCUCAGAGGCCGACUAAGGUGGAGAAGAGGAGCCAGAGCACGUGAUAUCUGGAGAAGACCAUGGCUGCAUGCCGGGAGACGGCGCUAAUUUGGCAUCUUUGAUCAGCUCACGAUUGAGCUCAGAAGUGAAGAUCCUUGAACAUUAAAGAAAUUACUCCUCAUGCUUACUGAAAUGUACGAUACAAUUUUAGGAAGGUUCGUCAUCGCCUCGUGAAGCAACACACUCGGUAUAGGGAGCCCUUGUUUCCAGGGCUAAAGUUAGCUGUUACACUACGUUACCUGGUUUCUAGUGUUAAGUACUCAGACAUGCAGUAUUCCUGGCGGGUCGCUGAGAAUACCCUCUAUGUAGUGGUCAGAGACGUGAGUCAUGCUAUAUGUGAAGAAUAUGUUGAUGAGGUUAUGACAGCCCCCUCCACACCUGAAGAAUAGAGACAACUGGCUGAUGGUUUCCUCAAGAAUUGGAACUUUCCAAAUUGCGUUGCUGCUAUUGAUGGCACGCACAUAGCUAUCAGAAAGCCUGCCAGCUCUGGUUCCUUAUAUUAUAAUUAUAAGGGAUUCUUCAGCAUCAUCUUACGGGCCAUUGUCGACUCGGACUACAAGUGCGUAUAGUGUGAUCUGGGUUGAUACGGUUCAAGUGGAGAUGACAAGAUUUACAAUGAAUCAGAAUUCCUUUAGAUGGUGCAGGAUGGUUCCUUUUGAUUUCCAGACCCACAGCUCUUUCCAAAUGACACCGUCGACAUGUCCUAUUUCUCGGUUGGAGAUGACGCUUUCAGCCUUAGCGAGAACAUGCAGAAACCCUAUGGACAUAGAGUCCUGACAAGAGACGAAAGCAUCCUGAACUACCUGUUAUCCAGGGCUAGGAGAGUAUCAGAAAAUGCAUUUGGGAUUUUGGCCACCCGAUUCCAGAUACUUCUCACAAAGAUGAACCACAGUCCAUCCACAGUAAGGCUGAUUGUAAAGACAUGCUGCAUUCUCCACAACUUGAUGAGGAUCAGGUACCCCACCAUGCAGAAUGCACUGGUUGACCAUGAUGACAGAAGAGGCGAUCUGGUUCCUGGGGAAUGGAGAAAAGGUCGCAACUUGGAGGAUACUAGGAAUGUCAAUAUCAGGGGCCACAACACAGCAAAAAAAAGGCAAGAUUGUGAGAAACACUCUGAAGCACUGGGUCAACUCUACAGCGGGAUGUGUGCCACAUGAGAGAUUGAAAUAAAGUGUAAUAUAUUAGUGGAAUGAAUUAAUAAAAAGUA